AUAUAUAUUUACUCACAGUACGAGUGCCGACUUAUAAAAGGUCUAAAAUAUAUAUUUGUUCUACUUAUAGUAACCUCAUGUCAUAAUGUUUUUACUUAAGUUCUCGGAUAACAACUUUCAGCGAAAAUAAUGAAAGUCGCAGAGUAUGUGUGAAGGUAUGGGGAGGAGAGAAUACGCCACCACCACCAUCACCGUUCGCAGAGUUAGGAUAUGAGACCUAUUGCCAGCAAAGCAGGGUGUCCUGUUUGGAGAAUGCAAUAGAAUGAUCGAGUGUGUUGAAGAUCUGGGUUCCCACUUGUCUCUCCAGUAAACGAGAGUUUAUCUCUAUCGGACGUAAAGGGAAGCCACACUCGUAGUCAUCGCGUUGGCGGUGGUGGUGUCCCUUGCAUGCAGUUACUAAGGAUAACAAAGAUGGCGAACAAGCUGAAGAUCGAGAUCUAUGGAGUCCUAAACAACAUCAGCUUUGUGAAAACACGCUGCUGUGCAGAGGAUAUUUACAAACAGUACCCAGACAACAUUCAAGAGCCUAUUAUAGGUGGCAUGCUUGAAUUUGACUGGAACCUGUUUAUUGAUGAGAAGAAAAGGGAACUUAGAGGAGAGGCUUGGGUGUUCUCUGAAAAGACCAUUACGUUUGCAAAUGGUGAGUUGAUUGGUGGUCCAGAUGACUUCAACGAAUGGGCGCAGGACAAAUUCAACUUUGAUGACUUUCGUCCACUGCCCUUAUAUUUCACUCUCACAGAAGAAGGGUAUAAGGAACACCUGAAUUCUAAAAAGCAUGACUAUGUCUACAUGGACAUCAGUAUUGAGGAUGAAGAUGUUGGACGACUUGUUAUUGAGCUCUUUUCUGACUGUGUUCCAAAAACAUGUGCGAACUUCAAAGCACUGUGCACAGGAGAGAAAGGGAUCAGUGAAGAGACAGGCAUGAACCUGACCUUUAAAAACUCCAUAUUCCACAGACUUGUUCCUAAUGGAUGGAUCCAAGGAGGAGACUUCUAUCAUGGCAGAGGGAAUGGUGGAGAGUCCGUCUAUGGAUCUGUGUUUGAAGAUGAGAAUUUCUCUGUGCCUCAUAACAGAAGAGGAAUACUAGGCAUGGCCAACAAAGGACGACACACAAAUGGAUCACAGUUCUAUAUUACACUUCAGCCUACACAGUGGAUGGACACCAAAUAUGUGGCUUUUGGGCAAAUUAUAGAAGGUACAGAGACACUACGCAGAAUGGAGACUGAAAAAACAAUGAAUGAGCGACCCGUCAGAGACAUCAAGAUUCAUGACUGUGGAGUCCUCACCUUUGAAUUUUGAUCAUUGUGGAUAUGCGCUUUUACUGAAUCUUACUUUAACUUUUCUGUUUGCACAGCAUUAAUUGUUUCUCUAAAUAUUUUCUUUAAUGAUAAAUUACAGACAGAAAAUUGAUAGUAACAAACCCAUACAUUAGUACACACACAUAGUAUAUAUCUAUAUACACACACAUAUACUAAUAUUCAUGCUGUGUGUGUAUAUAUAUAUAUGAAUGGUAGUAUGUGUGUAUCUAUAUAUACACAUAUACACAUAUUGAUUUUACUUUUUUUUGUGUGUGUGCUUCAUACAGAAAAAUGCUGUGUGUUUAUAACUAGAAACAAAAGAAGAAAGAGAUAAGUAAAUGUCAACGUACACAUUUUAGAAAAACAGUCUCCUAAAAAUUGCAUACUGGACCUGAUUUUCUCAUCUACUCUUUGCUUUGGUUCUUAUGGGGACGAAUAGCUUAGUGAUUAAAGUAAUGGUGGUCAAACCAAAGGCAGUCACACACUAGCCAUCGCAGCGUACACAUCGCACUUGACCCAGCUGUGAAGUGGGUACCUCGCUGUAGAGGGGUGGGGAAAGUGAGGGGGUGGAGAUGAGCACACCCCUCACAAAGCUGAUCCCAAGAUAAGUUAGGACUCUAACGCUUCAUGCUCACUGUAACCUAAUGGUUACGUGAUUACGUUUACCUUUUAUGCACAGAGAAGAGCUUUGUAGUUUUAAGCUGCCAUACACCUCUGGGUGUACUUGCCUGUAGCUAUCAUGCAGCCUGCAUUAACUAAAAGAUUUGACAACCAAAUGCAUCAACUCGUCCUUCCCCAUUUUUCGAAGGCAGUCAAGGUGAACGAUAUAUUCUGAUUAUUCGAAUUGAUUACUUUAUAAACCUCUCUGUCAUUGUCAGCAAUUAUUUUUCUACACCUUGAAGCAAUAAACUGAUCUUUAUCAUUGAAACAUUGCUGAAAAGUUUCCAGUUCAGGAUGUGUGGAGAACAGAACAAAUAAUUGGUGCUCUGCUAGGCCUGACGAAAGCUUUCCUUCCAGGUUUUACAAAGGGAAAAAAAGGAUUAAAAAAUGUCUGUGAAAAAUAUAAACCUGCAAGGGUGAGGAUUUGCUUUUAUUAAAUUUUUAUUAAAUGCGUACAAAGCGGAUACAAAAGUCCAGAAUAUGCUGCAACUGAAUGAUGACAAGACUGAAUUGCUAUUGACUUGUCCCAAGAAAUUUCUGAGUUAUCCUUCUCUACCUCAGUAUCUGUCCAUAAACGAAACUAUUCCUUUCUCCACCGCUGUCCGUAGUUUGGGUGUCAUUCUCUGUCAGAGUCUGACUUUUCAUCAUCACAUUUCUCAUGUCUGCAGAAUUGCUUACUUUGAACUUCAUAGGAUUAGUACCAUUUAUCAUUAUCUUACCACUGAUGCAACUAAAACUCACCUCUGUGCCUUUGUGCUCUCGAGAAUGGCUGGUAUUCAUAAGCAUCUUCUUGACAGACCAGACUUCAAAGGAUCUGCUCGCCUCAUCUGUAGACCAUCUCGAUCUGAACAUAUAUCACCCCUCAUUCUCUCUCUCUCUUCACUUGCUGGCUGUCGCUGAUUGUAUCACCUUUCCACUUCCCACUUAUUCCUCAGUUUCUUCCACUGGUCCUCGAUCGGUGCCUCUUCUGAACUACCUCCGAUUUAUACACCCGCACGGCUUCUUCGCUCAUCUUUUAACACCAAGCUUCUUUGAGUCUUAAUGGCUAAGACAAAGACAAUGAUAGAAGUCUUUCUGCUGCUAAGCCUCAUGAACUUGGAACAGACUACCCGUUAGCCUUCGUCGCUCUGAUUCUCUUAUCAUCUUCAAACGUAAGACGAAUUUUUUUUUUCAGAACAGAGACUUUUCUGCAACCCUGUCGAUCCUGACUAUAAGUGUGCAUAACGUGUGUCUGUAUUUACCUUGUUUAUUAUUUACCAUGAUUUGAUCAUGGACUAAGAAUGGUUAGUGUACAUUGUUCUGGAGCAUGUUUAUUUUCUCCAUUCUCUAUUAGCUCGAAAUAAAAUGAAUACAAUCUGGAUA